GAGUACGAUUUUUCGAAUCCAUUUGUCCAAGACAAAGUGAUAAUGUUCCCACAAAGUUCUCAAAAAAAGUAUUGGAUAUUCAGCGAUGAAAAUGACUUAACAGUGCUGAGGGAGAAAACAAAUGCUGAAUUUAUUGAGAGACAUGGUGAAAAUAUGACGCCAGAGGAAAGGGAGGAACAUUUUCUAUCAUCUACAGAGGAGCGUACAUUACUUCGUUUUUAUGAAUUGCAAUUGAGAGAUUUCUGCCGUCGCUUUAGUCCUCCAAUGCCAAGAGCUACCAUAGCAACUGCAUUGCAUUAUUUCAAACGAUUCUACCUCAGAAACAGUGUCAUGGACUAUCAUCCGAAAGAGAUUUUAGUCACAUGCGUUUACUUGGCCUGUAAAGUAGAGGAGUUCAAUGUUUCCAUAUAUCAGUUUGUUGCUAACAUUAAAGGUGACAGGGAAAAGGCAUCUGAUAUUAUACUUAAUAAUGAAUUGCUUCUUAUGCAACAAUUGAAUUACAAUUUAACAGUACAUAAUCCAUUCAGACCUGUAGAGGGACUAAUGAUAGAUAUCAAGACUAGAUAUAAUUCUUUGGAGAAUCCAGAAAGGCUGAGGCCAUACAUAGAUGAGUUUUUGGAAAGGGUUUUCUUGACUGAUAGUGUCCUACUUUAUGCUCCAAGCCAAGUGGCGUUAGCAGCUACACUACACGCAACAUCUAGGGCUUCUGCUAAUCUGGAUAAUUAUGUGACUGAUAUUUUAUUCUCCAAGGAGCACUUAGGCUGUAUAAUUGAAGCAGUAAGAAAAAUAAGGUCUAUGGCUAAAUGCGUAGAACCUCCAUCAAGGGAUGUGGUAAGGGCGUUGGAAAAGAAAUUAGAGAAAUGUAGAAAUCAGGAGAAUAAUCCUGACAGUGAAAUAUAUAAACAAAGGAUGCAAGAAAUGUUGGACGAAGAGGACCUGCAAGAUAAUGAAAAGUAUGCCAAAAUAAUGCAAGAUCAAGCAGCCAAUGAUGAGAAGAUCUUAGGAGUGAGCAAAGUUUUGUCUCCAUCUGCACUUUAA